AUGCCAACUUCAAAGAAGGAUACCGUCUCUCCUUCAAUGAGCAAGAAGGUCAACAAAUCGGUUGCUGCAUCUCAUAAGGCUCCCAUUAUUCAGGCUUCACACCCCGCUAAUGGAGAGAGGGGAAGCGACAGAAUGCAUAAGCGGUCCCGGCAAGGUUGCUUCGUCUGUCGCUUGCGUCGAAAGAAAUGCGACGAACGCUUCCCUCAUUGUGCAACAUGCGUAAAUCUCGGCCUCAAAGGCGAGUGCGUGUAUGUCCGCCCAAAAUGGUGGGGAACUCCAGAACUCAGGGCGAGAGAAAAAGAGAAGUGUAAGGGACUGAUCCAGGACAAGAAAAAUGAGCGGGGUGGGAAUUAUGCAGGUCAAUUGCAUCGCAAUCCUAAGACAUCCGCACCACCGCCUGAAUCCCGAUAUUUUGACUUCAGUCGUCCCACGUUCAAUGAGCCUUAUGAUCUCUUUUCCUCGCAUCUGCCCACCCCGGGCCUAGGUCACACUCUCUAUGGAUCUUACGAGCCACCCUACCAGAUUGGCCAGAUUGAUGUGAAGACCGAACAGCAGACAUUCAUCAACGAUGUGCCUACGCGUCAUGAUUACUCCACUUCGAGCUUUAGUUCGUUCGUGCCUCCUCAACUCGGCACGCCACUGCCUGCAUUUACCGACGAAGAGUGGUCAGGCAGCGAGUACUUGGUCGAUCCCUCAAGUACCGAUGGAAUGAACACAACUGCUCUUGGUCACAGCACAAACCAGACAUAUCUGUGGCUGCAAAACAAUAUCCUCGUUGAAGACAACGAUCGAUCCCUCCUGGACCAUUUCAUCCACAACGUUUUGCGGCAAAUCUUUCCUCUACUGGAAGUACAUCAAACCGGGCAUCUACGCGCUCAGGCUAUCCUUCAUGCUAUGGAAUCAAACAAGUGCUAUCUUGAGUGCUGUUUGAGUGUUGCUGCUAUUCAUCGAAAAACCACUGAGGGAUUGAAUAGCGAGCAAAUUGACCACGAUAUCAUGCGCCACCGUUUUGAAGCCAUCAAUCAUCUGUGUCAAGCCCUGAACGAUGAUGUGAAUCAUCAAGAGAUUCUCGAUGCUACCCUUGCGAUGAUCUUUUUCAAUUCUUCCGUUGGGCCACCUGUUGACCAUCUUCCUGAUAUCUCGUGGUUUGACCACUUCCAGGCAGCAGCCAACCUGGUGAACAGGCUAGGCUUGCCAACACCCGGUCAGACCGAUAGCCACACGACGUCCAUGUUUAACAUGACCUUGACAUCCUGGAUUGAUAUUCUUGGCGCAACGAUGAUGGGCAAAUCACCUCAGUUUGCGCACACCUAUAAUACUAAGCACUUGUCUGGGGAAUCAUCUGGACUACGCGAAUUGAUGGGCUGCGAUGACAGGGUCAUGUAUCUCAUCUCCGAGAUCGCUUGCCUGGACUCCUUGAAGAAUGAAGGUCGAGUCGAUGAUCUGUUGGUUUGCACUCAUGUCUCGGCUCUGGGACUCCAGUUGGAGUGCACCGAACCUGCGGAUCCGACUUUGGAGAAUCCAUUUUCCUCUACUACGGGGUCCAUCCGCCCGGAGGUAUUGACAAAAACGAUGUCGCAUAUCUUCCGCAUUGCAGCUCGGAUUUACCUGUGCAGUCUGGUUCCAGGUUUUGGUCGCAGUCAACCGAGCAAUCAAAAUUUGGUUGCAGCAGUCACAGACGCACUACAAUUUAUCCCCUCUGGUCCUCAUGGGUUUGACCGCUCCUUGGUCUGGCCACUUCUUAUGACGGGUGUCUUUUCCACACCUUCUAGCACGUUCCGAAGUGUCCUUGCUCAACGCGUUGCAGCCCUAGGCGACCAUGCCGACCUCGGCAGCUUUGGACGAAUGUACCGUCUACUCCGGGAGCUGUGGCGGCUCCUUGAUGAUCCACUCGACCCGCAAGCUACCGGAGAUGAUGCUCACAACUCCUCGCUCACCAGCCCCAUUACAAAACUGGAAAGAUCUGAGUCACCAUCGAGUGCAAGUGCCACUCUGGGUGGAAGGGAGAUCAAAAGACAACAAGUUAAUUGGCGAGACGUCAUGAAGCGGAACAAUUGGCAUUACCUUCUCAUCUGA